AUGUCGUCCAUUCUCCUCGAUACCCUCAAAGAGGGCCUAGAUUCGGGCCUAGCCGAGAUGCUUGAAAAAGACUCUGCCCUUAAAAAUGACACCCAGCAGUACCUCGAGGAAUUGUUGGUGAAUGCUGAGCUUCUUUCCACUGAAAUGUUCACUACGUCUUCUGGACAGAGUGAAGGAAAGAAUAAGAACUUGGUGGAGGAGAUUGCUGAGCUUGACCACCAGCUGCGCCAGAUCGAGCUUCAGUUGGCGUCGAUAGCUAACGACAAUAGAGACUUGAUUGUGGGAGUCAGUGAGGAUGUUAGACACGUCCAUAAGACUAUAGGGGAGGAGCUUGACCGGAACAUUGAGGCUAUGAAACAGAGCUUUGGGAGCGGGAAGAUUGCUGUGGAUAAUAAGGCGGUGAAGAAGGUAAGCCAUUCGAUAUCUGCCAACAACUCGCUUUUGAGGAAUAUGGACUCCAUUCUAGAUAUCUACGAGCUUCCUACGCUCUGUGGGCUUUGUAUCAUGCAAGGAAACUACCAGGAGGCGCUUGAAAUCUCGACGCUGGUGAAGAUGCUUACGGUGAAGUUUCCUAACCUGAAGACGUUCAAGAAACUUCAGUCUCAGAUCGAUAACGAGUUGAAACUUAUGGUUAGAGGGCUCAUUAAGCUUCUUAACACGAACUUGAAGCAGUCCAAUAUCCUUAAGAUCUUCCAGAUUUUGAAUAGACCGAAUUUGGUGGCUACUCAUGAUGAUUCUUUGGACGAGAGCGAUCAGGAUAUCUCAGGAAACAAGACAUUAAAGCUUAUUUACCUCAAUUCGAGGUUCAAGUUCAUUAUGAACGAGGUGGCCAGUCUUAAACCGCUUUUGAAGCUCAAGAAACUCACCUAUCUUAAGCGUUACAUCGAGAUCUACCGUGAGCAUCUCUACAAUUCGCUUUCUAUCUAUCAUGCCAUUUUUCUAUCAUCGGGUCUAAAUUCCGAUGCCAACGACGACAAGCUCUUGUUGCACAUGUAUAUAAAGAAGUUGGUGUACUUGAUGGUGGAAGAGCUUCGGGCGUACCUUCCUGUGAUCAGCGAAGGAGACAAUGAUGCUGACACUGUUGAAGCUAACAGCUUGAGGGACGGUGUCAUCUUGCAGGUUAUAUACCUUUGCAGAUCAUUGUCCAAGUAUGGUCUUGACUUUGAGAGUCUCAUAACGACUGGAUGA